UUGUUCGUGACCAGCACAGCACCAGCACGAGGAAAUUUCUAGGCCUAAGCUGCCUGGGAAACACAACAAAGAAUAAACACACAACAACCAGCUGCUCUUCUCUUAAACCUUCCCUGCCUACGACACUGUCUAUCUGCCACAUUCCGCAUACCUUCGCACAGACUCUGAAACGCAGAGAUCGCGCACACAAUGAAUCCUCAUCAGCAGAACAAAGUCGACAUUAGCACGUUGACUCCGGAUGAGCAACGGCUCUUCCGCCUCUAUGGCAAGCUGCCCAACAAGAAGGACCUGCUGCAGAACAAGCUGAAGGAGCGCAAAUACUUCGACAGCGGCGACUACGCCCUCAGCAAAGCCGGCAAAGCCUCCGACAUCGGCGUCACCUCCAUCGGCCGCGAGCAUCCUGUGCCCGAGAAGAUCCCGCACAUCGCGCCGCAGAACCAGAACGUCGCCAGCAUCUCGACGCAGGGCGGCCAACCCGGCGUGCCCGGCACCAAUGGCGGCGCGGGCAGCCCGGUCAAGGAGAACAGCUUCCUGCAUCGCGAGACGAGCUUGAAUCGGGAGACGAGCGUGGACGAUGUGGACGGGGAGGAGAAGGCGUAGGGGUGUGCUGCUGUAGAACAGGAUAAGCAGAGGGAUAGGGGAUUGGAGAUACUGACAUACGGCGAGGGUAUGUUUGGCGAGGGGAGAGUUUGGUUGAGUGAGUGUGCGUGCGAGUCAUGCUGCUUUUUUAGCUUUCAAGCAACUCCAGAAUGCGGUCGAUCCAUCCGUCACACACGAUGACACCGAUGGCGAAGGACAGACAAAUGGGAGGAUGGGCAUACGAUAUCGACACUUUUGCUACACGAAUAGCUGGGUCUAGGCGAUCUGGUUUCUGGUCUACAUUCGAGGCCUUUUCUACUUUCUACAUUUUUUU